UUUGCGUAUCGAAACAUCGAUUGGCCACAGCUGCUUGUGAAUGAAAAAAGCGUAAAAUCGAAUCGUAAAACGAAUUCGCGAAAGGCCAUUGCCGCUCACCCCGCAGAACCAAAGGCCAGUGGAUCGAGACGCCGAGAGAGCAGCGAGAAGGCCAGGAGACCCAAGGAGAUCCUGCCGGGACAAAAACCAGUCGCUCGUCCUUUCCACCGGCACACAAUGGAGCUACUAUAGUGUGUGUGUGCUUGAGUGCGAGAGUGCGGGCGUGUGUGUGCGUGGUUGUAGUAGUGGGCGAGUGCGUGUAGUAGUAGUACGAACGAGUGUUCGAGGCGACGGGGAAAACAAAAAGAAAUCUAGGUUUGCUCGAGACUUCGGCCGGAAUCCCGGGCGACAUGAGUGCGUAGAGGUGACGUUCGACCGCUGAUGCGCCAUCACCUGUUUCCGGCGCUGGAGGCAGUGCAUCCCACCGGCGGAGUCGAAGGGCAAUAGGGGACUACACAACCCGACUCCGACCCCGUUAUGCUGCUGGCCGCAGCCGGUCUGCCGGCCUACGACGCCGGAAAGCUGGCCAGUAAUGCCGGAUCUGGCUCAGGCGUGGGCUCUGGCGGAGUGGGCACUCCCACGUCGUCCGCGUCCCGUCCCAGCGCAGCCAGUGCCUUGAUGAAGACCCUGUCCGUGCGCCUGCAUCGCGGCACUGAGUUCAUCAAGGACACCGUCCAGAAGGCCCUGGUCAUGUCCGCUCCCACGCCCGUGGUCCCAGCCCCCGCGCCAGCGCCCAAGAUCCUGGACCACAGCCUCAAGCGCAAGCUCAGCGGCGCUGGUGGACUAAUGGGCUGCAGCAGCAUUGGCAGCACAACCUCUUCCAUCGCCGUCAGUUCGAGGAGCCACCACUACACCCUGACCAGUCAGGCGCCAUCGGCCCAGGGGCUUCCCCUGACCAGCCAAGUGCCCACAGCCGCCUUUCUGCGCGCCUACACGGUUGCUCCUACGGCCCUCCAUCGAUCCGCAGCCGCCCGCAAGCGCAAUCCCAGCACCGACAGUCUGCUCAUGGACCUGUGCCUCUUCAAGCCCAUCCGGCCCAUGCCCAUAACGCCAAUUAAAAUCCACAAAUUCCGCGGCUUUGAACUGAAAAAACCAAAAUUUGUGCCCGCUGCGAAUCCGGACAGCGAAGAGGACGAGGACGACGACGAAGAUGAAUCAGUCCACAAACCAAAGCUCAGCAACUUGACAUUGCCAACAAUUGAGGGAUCGGCCUUCGUCCCGAUGCCCUACAUAGAAACAACCAACACCGCCAUCACCGCAACUACCACCACUAACAGCAGGAGCAGAUCGCGUUCCCUCAACACACACACCUCAGGCUCUGCCCAGGCCAUUACCAACCCAAAGCCAAAGCGUCGUCGUCGCGCUCCCAUGCUGACGGCCAAAAGACGACGCAAGGCACAAGAUACGGAAUCAACCUCUUCAGCGGACGGAGUAACUGAAGUAAAACCUGCCGCUAAGCGCAAGGCAACGGCAGCAAGUGGAGGAGCCAAGCGCAGCCGUGGAGCAUCGUUCACUGCACCCACGUCAGUGGAUUUAGUGCAAUCUUCCGUACCGAUUAAAGCUCCAACCAAACGCAAAGCAUCCUGUGGGAGUGAAGCCGCUAAACGCAAUCGUGGAGCUUCUGUGGUAGAUGCCACUCCAAUCACAACCCAAUCCACCUCUUCAGCUGAUCUAACUGUAGCAGCAAGCAAAACCGCAACUAAACGCAAGGCAGCCACUGAAAGAGGAGCUACCAAGCGCAGUCGUGGAUCAGUAGCCUUGUCUGCGCGUCCCUCACCGCCCAUGACACGUCAGCGGGCCCGUCAGCAGAUCUCCGCCAGCAACUGAGCUCCAAGAACUUGGAUGCUCGCUCAUUGGAACGUAAGCCAAUAUGGCAGAAACAAGAAAAACAAAGCCCCACAAUAGAAAAGAGUCGCGUAGGAGACUCGCUAAGCUCUAAGUCUUUUGGUUCUAGUUACUGUUUAUGUGUACGUGUUGCGUCUUUCCUUUGAAGUAAGUGGAAAUGUAAGAUAAGCCAGUAACAAUGUAAUGUACACGUAGUUCAACUCGUCUCGUUUGAUUUGUGCAAUCUAAAUUUGUAUGCAAACGCUUGUAUUGUCGAGCUUUUAAAUGCCUCUCAGUUCAUUUUUUUGGUAAAAAUUAUACAGCAUUCUGGCUUGGUCUUCAAGACUGAUAACAAAAAGCAUCCGCUACGAAUACAAUAUUAUACAAAAUGAUAUAUGCGAAAUGAAAAUUUAGAUGUUUAUGUUUAGCCUUUAUACAGAAAAUCAUAAAGCAAAAAGUAUUAAAUGUAUAAAGAAAAUUGUAAAAUUUAAGUCAUUCCUGAUAAUAAUAUUUCAACCACAAAACCUUUUGUCACUAUAAUUUUACAUUAAUUUGGGUGUUUUUUUUCGAUGAAUGUACAAACAACGUUCUAUGUUUUCGGUUCGAUUUAGUUUAUGUGCUUGUCUUUGAGGCAGGUAGUAAGUAUGUAUGGAAAGAACAGGAUGAUGGAGAAAACGCCACAACUAAAAUUAAUUUUCCUACUUUAAUUAAGUUUGUUAGAAUUUAUAGCUUAGAGACAAAGUAAACAAUUCAUUCAUACAAUUAUAAAUAUUUAUAUGUAAUACUAUCUGUAUCUUAACAUACGAUCUAUCUGUAAGGACAGCAAUGAUAUAAAAAAUAUAGAAAUCUAUAUAUAAAACAUGCCGGUCAAAUCAACUGUGUGUUGUGAUAUGAACUAAUUUAUAAAACCAAGCGAAAGACAAGCGGAGCCCAUUUAAAUUAUUUGCUUGACCUACACAACACCCAAAAACUCAAAAAUCUAUUUAAACUUUUGAUAUCAUUAAGAAGUAAUAGUUGGAAUGUACGAACGAAAUUCAAAUUUACGGAACACAAAAAUGUUUAAAUUUCUCCCUAAGCUAAGGCAAUUUCAAGCGAUUCCAAACGAAGCAAAAUUACUUAAACAUACACCGAGUUGUAUGCGUCAAUAAAAAAUAACUACAAAUAAAA